AUGAAGUUUAUGUAUCUCGGACUUCUCCUCUCUGCCACCACAGCCUAUGCAUGUGGUGACAAUGCCUACAGAUGCAAGAACCCCGACAAAUCAGUAGCUCAGAUGUGGGAAGUUACACACAAGAUUUGCAAUAAUCUCAAGGAGGACGACUGCUAUUGCUCCCACUGGGCCGAGUACUACUGCGAUCCUUAUGGCGACAACAUUCAAAAGUUCAAGGACGCCUGCGUGAAUGAGGGCGAUAACUGGUACUGGAAUGAAUGUUAA